CUUAACAACAGCAACGCCAGCAAUCCUUGUCAGAAGGAAGACAUAAUGGGUAACAUUGUGGCAAGCUCAUCUCCAUUUCUGUACCCGUUUAUUGUAGAGUAUAGUCUCAUAGGCGCAGCAGUAUUGUAUGUUAUGUGGAAAAACAUUGGCAAGGACCCUAUCUUCCAGGGGGAGCUUCAAGAGGAAGACCGCCUCUCCAGGACAUCCAGCGCUCAGUCGACCAAUCCCGUGAAUUGCUCGGGGUCCAGCAAAGGCCUGUUCUUCGGACUUCUUGUGCUUGUUAUUUGCGUUAUUUGUCUCAUCGUAUUCUUUGUUCUCAUCUACCACGACCACUAUCGCCUCCUGGCGGUCUACCUUAGUGAUCUUUCUCACUGCAGCAUCCUUCUUUUUGCCAUCAUCGCCAUCAUCGUCGGCUUCUUUCGAGUGAAGUCUCUACGUUUUUCAACUUGUCGUAAAGAUCAGCUUCGGGAUAUCCUCUUGCGCGUGGCAGCAUUUGGUUUGUACAUCCACGCCAUGUUCGGCAUCAUUGCAGGUUCACUGUCUUCAGUCUCUUAUAUACCCAACAUUCUCCUCUUAGUAACCAGCUGCCUCACCUUGCUCCAGGUCACUUUACAGUCUCUCUUAAUCGCCGACAUGUCCUGUCGGUCAUCCCAUCUCCCGGAACAAGACCAACAAAAACCCGGAAGACAGAUCGUUACCUUUCUGAUGAUCUCGAACCUGACCUUAUGGGUUAUUUACACAUUCCAGAUGCAGAAGGUUGAAGCGAGUCCAGUGGAGCGAGAGUUCUAUGGGGUCAUGGGUUGGGCGGUCAUCACUAGGGUUACAUUGCCUCUUAGCAUUUUCUACAGGUUCCAUUCAGCAGUGACGUUUGCAGAAGUUUGGAAGAACUCUUACAGAAACGUGUCUUCUUGAGUGGUGUUAGUUACACGAUCUGUAACUCCCUGUAGCCAGGAGAUUGUCCAUUUGUUUAAAACUCUUACAGAAACGUGUCUUCUUGAGUGGUGUUAGUUACACGGUGUGUAAGAUAAAGCAAUAACUCCCUGUAGCCAGGAGAUUGUCCACGGACUUAGAUUUGUUUAAAACUCUUACAGAAACGUGUCUUCUUGAGUGGUGUUAGUUACACGGUGUGUAAGAUAAAGCAAUAACUCCCUGUAGCCAGGAGAUUGUCCACGGACUUAGAUUUGUUUAAAACUCUUACAGAAACGUGUCUUCUUGAGUGGUGUUAGUUACACGAUCUGUAACUCCCUGUAGCCAGGAGAUUGUCCACGGACUUA